GAGUGUACAGUGGAGACACUUGUUGGAGCUCUCUGCCCCUCGCUCGUCCUUGGGCUUUUAAUCUCCAGCAACCGUUGGAAUUCGUUUUUAAAAUGUGUAUUUCAGACCAUCAUAAUGAGAGGAGAGGACGUGAGCACCAAGCCGUCGUCGAGCCUCUGGGCAUUGGACGUGGGCACCCCGCCGUCGUCGAGCCUCUGGGCAGGGGACGCGGGCACCCCGCCGUCGUCGAGGCUCUGGGCAUUGGACGCGGGCACCCCGCCGUCGUCGAGUCUCUGGGCAGGGGACGCGGGCACCCCGCCGUCGUCGAGGCUCCGGGCUGGGGACGCGGGCUCCCCGCCGUCGUCGAGCCUCCGGGCUGGGGACGCGGGCUCCCCGCCGUCGUCGAGGCUCCGGGCUGGGGACGCGGGCUCCCCGACGUCGUCGAGCCUCCGGGCUGGGGACGCGGGCUCCCCGCCGUCGUCGAGUCUCUGGGCAGGGGACGCGGGCACCCCGCCGUCGUCGAGUCUCUGGGCAGGGGACGCGGGCACCCCGCCGUCGUCGAGUCUCCGGGCUGGGGACGCGGGCUCCCCGCCGUCGUCGAGUCUCUGGGCAGGGGACGCGGGCACCCCGCCGUCGUCGAGUCUCUGGGCAGGGGACGCGGGCACCCCGCCGUCGUCGAGCCUCUGGGCAUUGGACGCGGGCACCCCGCCGUCGUCGAGUCUCUGGGCAGGGGACGCGGGCACCCCGCCGUCGUCGAGCCUCAGGGUAGGGGACGUGGGCACCCCGCCGUCGUCGAGCCUCCGGGCAUUGGACGCGGGCACCCCGCCGUCGUCGAGCCUCUGGGCAGGGGACGUGGGCACCCCGCCGUCGUCGAGCCUCUGGGCAGGGGACGCGGGCACCCCGCCGUCGUCGAGCCUCUGGGCAGGGGACGUGGGCACCCCGCCGUCGUAGAGCCUCCGGGCAGGGGACGUGGGCACCCCGCCGUCGUAGAGCCUCUGGUCAGGGGACGUGGGCACCCCGCCGUCGUAGAGCCUCUGGUCAGGGGACGUGGGCACCCCGCCGUCGUAGAGCCUCUGGUCAGGGGACGUGGGCACCCCGCCGUCGUCGAGCCUCUGGUCAGAAGACGUGGGCACCCCGCCGUCGUCGAGCCUCUGGUCAGAAGACGUGGGCACCCCGCCGUCGUCGAGCCUCUGGUCAGGGGACGCGGGCACCCCGCCGUCGUCGAGCCUCCGGGCAUGGGACGCGGGCACCCCGCCGUCGUCGAGCCUCCGGGCAUGGGACGUGGGCACCCCGCCGUCGUCGAGCCUCCGGACAUGGGACGUGGGCACCCCGCCGUCGUCGAGCCUCCGGGCAGGAGACGUUGGCACUUCCCUGUCAUCGAGCCUUUGGUCAGGAGGCGUAGGCUCCCCGCCGUCGUCGGGCCUCUGGGCAGGGGACGUGGGCUCCCCGCCGUCGUCGAGCCUCUUGAUGUUUCUCCAGCUAACAGCGGUCGGAGCGGUGCCUCUCAGUCCUUUACACCUCCACGUAUUGUUUAUGUUGAAAUAAUUGAUUUACAUCCUACAACUAACGAUGACAUUUUAUCCACCACAUUUUAUCCACAUGAGGCUGAGGUUCCCGUCAUGCCUGAGCAAGCAGCUACACGACAGGAGCAAUUUAUGGACUUAACUCUACCUAUGCUAACAAAUCACUUGUUGCCUAUUCAUCAGUUAGUGUCAAUUAUUCCCGAAGUGGAUUCAGACUCGUUUAGUAUGGAUGAAGAAUAUAGCUGAAGACUACAGCCAGACAUUAUAAACUCGAUGCUAGAUGGAAUAAAAGUGGAUCUUAAUCUGUGGCUCAAGCAAGUUCUUAAAACUGCUGAAGUGCAAGAAAAAGGAUGUUACGUUGGCUGUUUGUGGGGAACCUGAGGCUGCGAGACCUCAGAUGGACGAGGUUUGCCAAGUCUGUGGCACCGGAGAACGUGAUCCCUCUCAAGACAGAUUUUCUUUGAUUGAUGGUUUGGAGGAGAAGGAAACUUGGUAUUAAGACAUGGUUGGCUCAGGAGAAAUAUUUUAUAAGAGCUGGACACCAUGGUCAGUGUUAUCAAAACUUUGUUUCAAACUUUACUGCAAGAUCUCCAAUAAGAAAAUUACAAUUAGAAAACUAUAUUUUAAUUGAGCUCGCGCAGAACAUUUUACUGGUAUUUUAUUGUGAAGUGAACCCAAAGUGGGAUUCAGAUUUUAUUUUAUUUUUUUUUAUUUAACCUCGCCCUCAUUGACCUUUUUAAGAAGUGUUGGCGCGGUGGAAAGUACCGUAUUGGAAGUACCUCGAUAAUUCAAGGAGGCAGUUUAGAUAGAAUUCGAUGCCUUUUCUUGCCUGAGGGGGGGGGGGGGGGGAGGGGGGGUUGGUGAGGCGAGGUUAAUACUUUAACUCGUGGCUCGCUCCCACAGGUCUGUUUUAAUUUUAUUUAGACUUGGAACUUUCGUGUUAAUUAACCUGACAUUCGUGGGGUCGGACAUUUUGGCCAAAUCCAUGAACAAGAGGCAUAGAGCGUCUCGACUGUACAAAUUGGCUGGUUAAGUUGGCAUUACAGAGUUCUGUAUUUGCGACAUUCAUAUUUUAAAUACAGCAAGGCUAUCAUUGAAAAAAUCCAUUCCCACGACUUGGAUUAAUUGACAUAGUAGUAUCAGCUCAAAUUUUUAUCUUGCUAUUAAGCAUUUUUAAUUAAUGUUUUAAGUUAUCAAUUACCUUGAACUAAAUUAUUUGGAUCUAACCACACUUUUUAGAGUACUAUUGACUAGUGGACGCUUCCUGCCACAUGGUACAACGUGAUGCACAAACACUCACUUCACAUUAAGGAACUAGUUGUCUGAUCAACACCUUAGAGCAGGAAAAAUCAUUGGCCUCUAUGACCUCCAGGGUUCCUUGUGAUAAGACAAUUUAUUUCUUAGGCAGAUUGUCAUGUUAAUGUCAUGGUUUAGAAAGCAUUGUAAGAUACACCUUUGUAUUUGCUUCACAUUGCUGGCAGUGAUAGUGUAGAUAUGACUUGAAUUAGAAUGUAAACAUCAUGGGCUGUCUGUAUCAAUGACAGCCGGCAUGUAGCCAGCAGGUCUGUAAAAGUGUUUCACUGAAAUUUUGUCUAGAUUUAAGUGACACGUGAAAUUAAUAUUUGUUCCAAGCAAGACUGGGAAGACUUCUAGUCUUGUGGUUGAUGCUGGUAGAUAUUGUACGUGUGAAUAUUCCAAUAUGUCGGCUGGACUUGUGUAAGUGAACAUUGACUGUAAAUCUGUAGGAAGUGUUCAUGUUAAAAAUGUACUUGGUAGACUAAUGUGAAAUGUUUAGUUGAAGAAUAUGGAAGUUGUGCCAUUAUAAACGGAACAAGAUUUUUUAAGUUUACUUCUCUGGUAGCGUAAAUUAUUUGAUCCUGUUUGCUGGUUUUUAAUGUUUUACAUUAUUACAUUUUAAACAGUUUGUUUCAUAUGAGCGCCUUGAGCUGCUCUACUGGUCACCUUCCACACAAAUGUAUAAGGAAAGUGCCAGAACAUUAUAUAGACGUUCCCGCACUUCGAAAUAAAGUAAUUAAAGAA